AGAUGUGACGGCCGAAUGAGCAGAUGCCCGUAGAGCGUCAGUCCACGUGGGGAGAGAGGGGGGGGGGGGCUCUGGGACGGUUACCUUUUCUUGGAAGUAGUUGUCCGCGAAGUUGAAGAUCUCCAGAGCUCCGUCCGCCCGGGCCAGCGCGAGCCGCUCGGUGCGGCGGUUGAACGCCAUGGCUCUGAUAGCGGCGGGCAUGUAGUCGAAGAACCGAACCCGGUGCACCUUGAACUCCCCCAUGUUGACUACGAAGAAGAGCACAGGCAGGAGGCGAGUUGAAGCCGGUCACAGGGCAGCUUACACCGUUAACGACAACCGCCGCUGCCCGCUAGCAGCGUCACAAACCGACCACCGACCCGUUAGACUCUUACCGGGUUCACACCGACUAGAACACGCUCCUAACUCCACACGCUGGGAAACAUCAGCGACCACGUUGAGAACCUUUGAACCGGUAGUGAAUCACCCAAACCGGAAAUACGUCAUCACACGGACGGUUGACACUGCGCGGUCUAAACGCCGACGGAAUGGUGUCUGGAGCUGCUGUGCUGGGAUCAGUUCACGGCGUUACUUCGUGUCCCACGACAGGACGAUGGUUCAAAUAGUCAUACGGGGCAGUGUGGAUGGCAGCAGUCCUCCAGAAUGGCUGCUGGUGGAGCUGCAGGGAGAAAUGGUUUCCAGGCACAACUCUGGUCUGGCUGGGAAUGUAAUGGGAGAUCUGCUCUCCACCAGAGAGGGGACGCCGGUGCUUAUUGUAGGACAUCAUAUUCUCUAUGGCAAGCAGCUCAAACUGGAGAAACCCCUCGCAGUCCUCACCAAGCAUUCCAGCCAUUUGCAGGAUAGCCUGGGCAGCCACGGCAAGGACGGUAGCAGCGAGGAUGUCACACAGGUAGCUAUGGAAACGAACCAGCAAGGACCCACUUCCACCUCUUACACCGUGUCUGCCCUGAUCAAACGGAAGCUGAUCUUUAAGACGCGCCCCAAACCCAUCAUCACUAACGUACCCAAGAAGGUGUAGCGUGACUGCGUUUCCUCUCUGGGUCAGGUGAUCAUUCUCACCUGCUGGACACUACCGGAAGUGUACUUCAGUUAGUGUUCUCUCUGAUGUGCAGUUUGAGACAUUUGUUGUGCAGUUAGUCAAUACUGCUGAACUGAUUUCCAGAGAGUCUUUAAUGAUGAUAUGAAUAAAUGUUGUAUUGUUUUCCUGAGA